AUGAGCUACUACUUUGCCAUCGUCGGCAAUCAAGACAACCCCCUCUUCGAAUAUGAGUUCGGCACAUCCAAGCAGGGCGGCGACGGUCAAUCCCGAUUCCCCGAACAGAUGAGGCAUCUAAAUCAGUUUAUUCUUCACUCAAGUCUGGAUAUAGUUGAUGAAGCACAGUGGUCACAUGGGCAGAUGUACCUCAAAUGCAUCGACAAAUUCUUCGACAACUAUGUCUCGUGCUUCGUAACAGGCGGCAACGUCAAAUUCCUCCUCCUCCACCACCCGAUGCUCCCGCCCGGAUCGAGCUCGACGCGCUCCUCGACGGCCAUCGGCGCCAACCCCACCAGCCCUGCGACCGAGGAGGCCAUCAAGAUGUUCUUCAUGGAGGUGUAUGAGACGUGGGUCAAGGCCGUCAUGAGUCCCUUCUACAAGGCGAAUGCCGAGGUGCGCAGUCCGGUAUUCCGUAUGAGGGUAGCUGCGGCGGGGAGGAAAUAUCUGUAG